UCGCAAAAAAUUUGAAUCCAGUUAAAGCAAUUGUUCAAGAUGGUCAGAAACUUGCUGCUCUUGGUUUUGUGCGGUGCAACUUUAACUGCAGUUGUCGACAGCCGCAAAGUUGUUGGCUGUUAUUACGGAAGUUGGGCAAUAUACAGAGCAAGCAUCGGAAGCUUCGGAACCAGUGAUGUAAGUCCUUCCUUAUGUACUCAUAUCUACUACAGCUUCAUUGGAUUGAACAACGCUACUCAAGAUGUCGAAAUUUUAGAUCCUGCUCUUGACGUGAACCGAGGGGGAUUCCGAAAUUUGACGAACCUUAAAGCUCGGUACCCUCGAGUAAAAUUUUUAGUUGCCAUGGGCGGAUGGAGUCAAGGUUCUUAUGCUUAUUCGGUAGUAGCUGCGAGUGCCUCAAAACGAGCAACGUUUAUCCAACAGAUUAUAGAUUUCAUACAUAAUUAUGGUUUUGAUGGCCUCGAUUUAGACUGGGAGUAUCCUGCUCAAAGGGACUCUGCUUUUGGUGGAGCAGACAAGGAAAAUUUGAUUACACUGCUGCAAGAAGUCAAGGCGGCUUUCGAACCAUUGGGACUUCUAAUUACAGUAGCAGUAGGAUCAUCGCCUUCUUAUAUCGAUGUCGGUUACGACGUCCAGGCACUUUCAAAUGUAGUCGAUCUGAUCAAUUUCAUGUCUUACGACUUACACGGAUCUUGGGAUGGCUCCGCUGGAGUAAAUGCACCCCUCCACGAUCCUGCCGGAAGUAUCAGCGUGGAACUUUUCGUGAACAGUUGGCUUAAUGCUGGCGUUGAUCCUGAAAAGCUGGUCGUCGGAAUUCCUUUUUAUGGAAAGUUGUACACGUUGAGAAAUUCAUCCGAUAAUUCGAUUGGAGCGCCCAUCUCCGGCCCAGGUAUUGCUGGACCAUAUCUUCAAGAUGCAAGCAAUUUAGCUUAUUAUGAGAUCCUAGAAAAGCUCCAGCAAGGAUGGACUGAAGUAUAUGACCAGAAUUACGAAUCCCCUUAUGCAUAUUCAGGAAACCAAUGGGUUGGUUACGACAACGUGAGAUCUAUUGCAGCUAAGGUAAAUUUCGUUUGUUCGAAAGGUCUUGGAGGCGUUAUGAACUGGGCUAUUGAUGAAGACGAUUUUGAUGGUAAUUUUGGACCAAGGUAUCCCCUUCUUAGAGCUAUGAACGCAGUAAAAAGAUGUAGAAAUUAGAAAAUCUAUGUUGACACAACAUCAGAUCAAUACUCCAAAUUAAAAGACCCUGGUUUAUUUUUACCGCAAUUACUAAUAAGUUUGAUCAUGUAUUUGUUGUUAAAUAAACAAGAUAUAAUUA